UGCAAUGGAGGAAAAGGAACCGAUGUUAUGUACCGUGAGCUCUACAACAAAACCACUACCAAGAUCAUGGUACUAGGAGCUGGAUGCUCUAUCGUCACCCAACCUACUGCGCAGGCGUCACACCACUGGAACCUAAUUCAGCUGUCCUACUCCUCAGCAUCCCCGCUGUUGUCCAACCGAAACCUCUUCCCGAAGUUCUUCAGAGCCUUCCCCCCGGAGACCGUCUUCAACGUGGUCAAGUUCGCCAUGCUGAAACACUUCGGCUGGAAACGGGUGGCCACAUUGCACCAGACUAUCGAUCUGUUCUCUCUGCCGACAGUUGCUUUCCUAGACCACGCCGAAGAAAACGGAAUCGAGAUCAUCACGUCUGAGAGUUUCGCCGACAGUCCGGCCAUCCAGGUGUCGAAUCUCAAGAAACAAGGUGCGAGGAUAAUCAUUGGUAACUUCUACGAGACCAAAGCGAGACAGGUGUUUUGCCAGGCUUACAAAGAAGGGAUGUACGGAAAGAAAUACGUGUGGAUCAUCACCGGCUGGUACAGUCACCAAUGGUGGUUAUCAGAAGAUGACGAGAACAGACACGAUUGCACCAAGGAGCAGAUGGCGGAGGCCGUGCAGGGCUACUUUACGACCGACGCGCUGCCGCUCAGCCUGGCUAAGGAGCCCGGAGUAGCAGGCAUUACGACAGCGCAAUUUGAAGCGGAAUACAAGGAGUAUGUCGGCGGGGAACCAGAGACGUUGUCCGGGUACCAGGAAGCCCCGUAUGGUUUCGACAGCGUGUGGACGAUAGCGCUAGCCCUGCAGGAGGCGGAGACCAGACUGCAGGAUUUGGUUCCUCCCAAGACGAUUGCAAACUUCUCAUACGAUGACGAUGAGAUGGCAAAAAUAUUCUUCGAGGUUAUCAACGCUACAAACUUCGAAGGCGUCUCGGGACCUGUGCAAUUCACAUACGAUGGCGACCGCAAGGGAUUAAUGCAAGUUGAACAGAACCAAGAUGGGGCUGAAGUGAGAGUGGGGAUUUAUCAUCCCACAGCCGAGGAUGAGAAUAAGCUUCGGUGGACAAAUGACCCUCGCAUCGUCUGGCAAGGUGGCAAGCCACCUGCAGAUUCGAUCCUUGAGGAGGAGCUGCCUCAGACCAUCUCGCAGGACCUCUUCAUCGGGAUGGCGAUCCUCGCUGCCGCGGGGAUCGUGUUGGCGAUAGGCUUCCUGGCAUUCAACGUGCGUUUCAGGAACAGACGAUUUAUCAAGAUGUCCAGUCCGAAGAUUAACAAUCUCAUUCUAUUGGGAGGGAUGCUGAUGUAUGUGUCAAUCUUCUUCAACGGACUGGACACAAGCAGGGUGCCGUUUGACUCGUACGUCUGGAUGUGCAAGGCCAAUACUUGGUGCCUCGGCAUCGGCUUCUCUUUGGCUUUUGGCGCAAUGUUCAGCAAAACCUGGCGAGUGCAUAAGAUUUUUACCAGCAAAACCAUGAUGAAAACGAUAAUAAAAGACUACCAGCUCUAUGUGAUGGUGGCUGUUCUAGUUUUGAUCGUCACUCUGGUUUUGGUUAUCUGGGAGAUCGUGGAUCCACUACAGACGGUAGUAAGAAAAGCAGCCAGACAGCAAACAGAUGACCUGGAUGUGGUCAUCAUUCCUGUCCACGUGACCUGUGAGUCCACAUGGCAGGUGUAUUGGGUCGGGACUCUCAUCUGCAUCGAGGGUUUACUGCUUGUCUUCGGCGCCUUCCUGGCCUGGGAAACCAGAAAGGUGACGGUCCCAGCCUUAAACGAUUCCAAAUACAUAGGAAUGAGCGUUUACAACACCGUGAUCCUAUCGUUCAUUGUGGUUCCUGUUUCACUCAUCUUGGACGAGGUGAACGCUCGUUACGUCAUCAUGUCUAUCUUCAACGUGUUCGCUACGACACUUACGCUGUGUCUGGUAUUCGUUCCAAAGCUGAAGGUUCGGAACGAUAUUCACCCGAAGGGCAGCAUGCUGUCCACCAUGAAGAGCGGCGAAGAAGGGGAGAGUGACUCGGACAAACGAAUACGCAUUCUCAAUGAUAUGAUUCAAAGGUUACAAUCAUCGCUCGUUAAGAAGGACGACAUUAUAAAGGAACUGGAGACAGCUGGAGUCAGCGGCCAGACCAAACAUCACAGGGACUCAGCAGAUGAGGGAAUCAACACGGCAGGAACGUCUCAGGAAGAUCCGGCUACCAGCUAGCUAGCUCGGAUUUACGAUGUGUACAGUGUAUAUAGUGUUGCACGAUUGUCAAUUACAUGUAAAUAAUCGAUUACCUGCACAACGCUAUCAACUAAUCGCACAAAGCUUUAUAAUAGAGAUUUACUUCUUAAUGUUGAUUGUGCUUAAUG